GUUAGUCCGUCACAGUCAUAGCUGGGAUUGGGAACUGUGAACUAAUUCCGGCUGACGACAGAUUUGAACGGCUGUAAGUGGUGACAAAAGGAAAAAAUGUAGACAACAUCAGGAUCCACAGUCAUAAUCAACAGAAUAAUCAGGAAACCAGGCUUUUCUCCCGAUCAGUCUCUUGCAUGCUCCUAUUCCAUCCCAUUGAAGACACUAAAGCAGCACUUUAACAAUGGAGCCAAAAGGGAAGAAUCCAGAGAAAGACACUGCAGCACCAUGGGAGAAAAAAGAUGCAGAAGACACAAGGUUGUCACAGGAGUACUGCACAAGUAGCGGGGCUGGAAGCCCUGGUACAGCAGUAAAUGCUGAAGCUGACAUUCAGCGCAGUGUAAAAGCCAUUAUACGGGAACUGGACCAAGGAGGCUCAGGACUCCAGUGCAGUCGAGGUAUGUUUAGAUGGACAUUGCAUAAGAAGACUGAACGAGAUCCGUACAACAACAUUUUUCUAGUUAAAAUUCUUAUUAGUGAACUGGAACUGGCGAAGAAAAACAGUAAGCACUACAUUCUACCUUUACUGAACAUUUUAAUGUAUGCUAUUAUUCAGGCUGUGUAUAUUCCUGAUGAUCUUCACGAAAAAGCAUAUAAAUUUUGCAAAAAGCUGCUAUCCUUCGCCAAACCCUAUUGCACCCUUGCACAUGAAUAUGCGAUUAUGUUAAAAGCUGAAAGAAAAGCACCAGGUAUAUUAUACCAGAGGUUAAUUAUUUCUGAACAUGGUCUGAAAAAUGACACAUCUCCACACUGGGAAAAGACUUUUGUAUUCGCUGAUCCUGAUGUUAUCUCUGAAGAAGUCUGCAAUGCUCUUUACAAUAAAAUCCAUUCACUGAACCCAAAUGAGAUAGUCACAGUUAAUAUGGGUCAUGUGAUAAAACAUACCAUCCAAGCAGCCCUGGGAGAGAACUGUCAUAUAAGCAGACUGGAUGAAGUCUUGCAGAAUAAGCCUUACAACAUGAUUGAGCUCUAUUUCCAGGAAGUGGUUGCUAUCACAGAGCAGUCUUGUUUUUCAUCAGAGGAGGUGACGACAGCCCAGAAGAAACACAUUAGCAAGUUGCAACAACUUUACCAGAAAAUAAUUAGCUCUACACACCAAGUGGCUGCUCCAAAUGACAGGCUGCAGAAUAUUCUACUGCCAAACCCAGAGAUAAGCUUUUUCAUGUGGAAAGAAGAUGACCUACUCUGGAAGGAACUGGUGCAAUUUGUUAAAAAUCGAUUUGGCAGUGGUCAGGAUUUCGUUAAUAGUGACUCUGACAAUUCUGAAAUGAGUGAGCCAAUAGAUGGUCAUAACUUUGAGCAAACAAGAUUAUCAGUUCUGUCAACAGACAGUGGUAUCGUCAGAGACUGUGGGGAUCCACCUCUUUCAAAUGAUGUGUCACCUGCAGGAGCCAAUGAAAAAGAACAGACCAAGUUGGUCAGAAGACCCUGCAUAAAGAAGAAAAGUUAUGAUUCAGAUAACAUGCUGAGCUUUUCGGAGAUUUAUGAUAAUACAGUAACAGGAGCCAAUAUAAAACUUCAGCGGAAGUUUGGUUGCAAUACGAUGCUUUUUAACUUCAAACAACCAAAGCCUAACACUGCACGUGUUAUGGUGAUUGGGAACGAUUGCAUUUUGGGAAGAUUAGCAAAGGCUUUUCUUUCUUUGAGGAAAAGAGAAACAAGAAGAUGUAUUCUGACCACAAAACUAAACUUACAGUUCUACUACAUCCCUGUUACAAAUGAGAAGCAGAUCCCAGUGUCUGCUGGUAAGGUCAUCCCUUUAUUGCAUAGUGACCUUUCUUGUGAGGUGUCCAGGUAUUUGGGUAGCAUAGAUCCUUGGUAUAACAGCAACAUCAACAGCCUGCGCAAUAUGAUACCUGAACUGGCUAGAAUGUCAACAUCAUUUGGACAACAGUCUGUUGCAGAUCCAUUUAUUGUAGAUGUUACCUCAUACUAUUUACGAAUGGGAUAUCAGCCUGUUUGCUUUCAAAUCUACAGUGUAGUGUUUACUUUUACAGAUGAAACAGUUGAAUGUGUGGAUGAUGUUUUUCUCAUUCAGCUUGAUGCAGACCUUCCAAAAUUGAAGUGUGCUAAAGAAGUCACAUUGACACGAAAGAAGAUGACAUCAGAAGGACUGGGGGUACAAGUUGCAUACAAAAAGAUUGCAUUGAGCAACAGGGAAAGUAUGAGACAGUUUACAAGUCGUUGCAAUGGUUUAAUGAUGAAAGCAAUUCCUUCAACUGGGGCUGAAGAUAUUGUUUGCCUGAAUGUAAAUAUCUCAGGGGUAACGAAUAAAAUGAACUUAUCUGGAAAAAUAUCUUUGACUGAGAACAUCAAGAUCAAAACAUCUCACAUAAAGAUUGAAGUCCAGGAUAGCUGCGGAAAAUCCUUGGUUGUUUGCCUGGACAAGGAUUCUAGGAGGAUAUAUAAGGAUGUUGUUAGCAUUGAAGUGUCGCCUUGUCUGGAACCUGGAUACUGCUUCCAUAAAAUGAGGUCAUUGAGAUUCAGUCAGAAUGAAAAUGAAAACAUUGGAUUAACUAAGUACAUGCCAAAGUGCCUGUUGUUACCAAUCAACACAUUUGCAGGUAUCCUGUAAACUGAUUCAACCUGGGAAACAGUUCACUUUGCUUGAAAAAACAAUCUCAUGGAGCUGCUAGAACAGUAGAGUACAUAGUCACAAUUAAAAGUUCAGUUGUUCAGGAGUGCCCUUUAUUUGUUAAGCAUUGUUUAAGAACAAUUGAACUGAACAAUAUUAUGGACAUUUCCUUCAAGCCUGGAAGGCCAAAGGAGGGAAAAUGAAUCUAAUGAAUAAUACCGACUCUGGUUGGAGAAAUUCAAAGCUAAUUGAAAGUUAUCAGCAGUAUAUCGUAAUAGAGGGGCAUUGCUGUUGAAGUAAACUUUUCAUCUGGGAAUGAUUUUUGACACUAUGGGAAGUAUCUUGCAUUUUGGUUCAAGACCCUGAUGUUGGGAGUCAAAUGGGGGUCCCGACCCUGUGCUGUGUUGGGAGUAGUCACCCAACAAAAAUGUUGUCUGAAUUGGCUUAUCAGUGGCCAGAAGCUGUGAUAGUCGUCCAAUAAGGAUGGGGGAGGACUCUUGAAGCUGGAUAGCCAAUGGAGGCCCUUCAGCAUGGAAGGAGCUGCAGCCUACAUACAUAUUAACAUACAAAUUAGGAACAGGAAUAGGCCACUCGGCCCCUUGAGCCUGCUUCGCCAUUCAGUAAGAUCAUGGCUGAUCUGAUUGUAACUUCAACCUCACAUUCCUGCAU